AUGGAGCCCUUGAAGGAGCGGGCUGGGUGGUGCGCAGGGUACCUGGGGGAGGAGGCUGUGGCUGAAAUGAGACCUUUGCUACAAGAGAAUGCUGGCCAGGAUGGCGUUGAAAUGAAGGUGGAGCCCACAGGUUGGGGAUCAGAUGAUCCAGAGUUAGAGGAAGAAGACACUGGUCCAGAUCCUGUGCGGGUUUUGAUGUUGCCACUUCAGGCCCAGCAUGCCAUGGAGAAGAUGGAAGAAUUUGUUUUGAAGGUUUGGGAAGGCCGCUGGCGUGUCAUGCCCUAUGAUGUGCUACCUGACUGGCUGAAAGACAAUGAUUUCCUCCUGCAUGGACAUCGGCCACCCAUGCCUUCCUUCCGCGCCUGUUUCCGCAGCAUCUUCCGGCUCCACACCGAGACUGGCAACAUCUGGACUCAUCUGCUUGGGUUCCUCUUCUUCCUGGUUUUGGGCAUUGGAUACAUGUUCAGUCCUAACAUGAAAUAUGUGGCCCCCAUCCAGGAGCGUGUGGUCAUUGGCAUGUUUUUCCUCGGAGCCAUUCUCUGUCUCUGUUUCUCCUGGCUAUUCCACACAGUCUAUUGCCACUCUGAGAAAGUUUCUCGUACCUUCUCCAAAUUGGAUUACUCUGGAAUUGCCCUGCUCACCAUGGGCAGUUUUGUUCCUUGGUUGUAUUACUCGUUCUACUGCUCACCACAACCCCAGCUCAUUUACCUCAUCAUCAUCUGUGUGCUGGGUAUAACUGCUAUCACGGUGUCGCAGUGGGAUCAUUUUGCCACACCACAGUAUCGGGCCGUGCGGGCAGGUGUAUUUCUGGGCCUAGGGCUGAGUGGACUGGUGCCCACCCUCCAUUUCAUGAUCACGGAAGGUUUUAUCAAGGCCACGACAGCGGGACAGAUUGGUUGGCUCUUCCUCAUGGCAGUCCUCUACAUCUUGGGAGUGGGCUUGUAUGCUGCCCGCAUUCCUGAACGUUUCUUCCCGGGCAAGUGUGACAUCUGGUUCCAUUCUCACCAGAUCUUCCACGUCUUGGUGGUUGCAGCUGCCUGUGUCCAUCUUCACGGGGUCUCCCAGCUGCAGGCGUUCCGCUCAUCGCUGGGCGGCAGCUGCACGGAGAACACUGUGCUCUGA